CAUCCCUCCUACUCUUUGGACUGGCAACGGACAGAUUUCUCCUCCUUUUAGGAAAUAUUUUUAAGAACUUCUUUGAAAAUGAAGCAGAUUGUCACAUUCAUUGUUUUAUCUGGACUACUCUGUUCAGCAACUGCAUCCAGAUCUAAACGGGCUGCCUACGAGCUUCCUGAUGGUGCAGAACUUAUUGUUGGACCUAUAAGAACCACGUUUGUAUGCAGUAAUGAGGGAUACUACGCUGACAUUGACAACAACUGCCAGAUUUUCCACAUAUGCCACACCGCCGUCCACGCUGAUGGCACAUCUGAGAUGCAGCACUGGUCAUUCCUGUGCGGCAACCAGACUCUGUUCAACCAGUAUUCCUUCACCUGCACCAAUUUCCAAGAUUCCAUUCCAUGCGCAAGAUCAAGAGAUUUCUUUUAUCUGAAUGCCAAUCUACAUAUUGGGUCUGACGUACCUCUUCACAUUGACGAAGACGCUGCCAAUGCCGCUUCCCUCACUCCUGGAAGAUCAGCUCAGCCACCUGUGGCAGGCCCACCGGCAGGGUCGAGACUGCCAUUCACAGGAUAA